CCUCGCCUCGCCUCAGCCUCCCUCUCGCGAGCGCCGCCGGCUACCCGGGGAAGAAAGCGUAAGCGGCAAAGCGCGGCGGCGGCGGACGGAGAGGCGAACAGAUCCACUGGCCGCGGCCACGGGAUCGCGAUGGGGCGGCGGAUCCUGAACGACGCGCUGCGGAAGAUGGUCAACGCGGACCGCCGGGGGAAUGCCACGGCGCUCCUCCAGCCCAUCUCCGGCGUCAUGGUCUCCUUCCUCAACAUCAUGAAGCACCGAGGGUAUAUCAAAAACUUUGAGGUCAUUGAUCCGCAUAGAGUUGGGAAAAUUAAUGUGGAGCUUCAUGGACGAAUCAAAGAUUGCAAAGCUCUUACUUACAGGCAAGACCUCAGAGCUAAGGAGAUAGAACAAUACAGAGUUCGGAUGCUCCCAACAAGACAGUGGGGCUUUGUUGUGAUCACUACACCGAGCGGUGUUUUGGAUCAUGAGGAAGCAAUCAAGCAGAACGUGGGGGGUCAGGUCCUCGGUUACUUCCAUUGACAAGGAGAACUCUUGUCUAGCACUGAAUGAGGAGGCAAUGCACUGUGCCCGUAUGGCAUUAUUACACUGUUGUUAGGACUGGACCCAUUCUGUUUUGGGUUUUGAGAGCAUGUUUGCUUUCCUUCAUGGUCUUCAAGAAAUGCAAUAACAUGUCAAAAGUACUAGGGAAUGCUAGUUGUUAAACAGGAAGGCUGUAAUUUUUCCUUUGAACUGAUAUAUCUUGUGCAUCUAGAUAUUCGGGGGCACAUGAUGGGUAAAUGCCUGAGAUUCUAUGAUCCUGCUAA